AUGAGGGGCAAUAUGUACCGACGCAACCACCACUGGCGACGUCCUGAGUUAGAGGAAUCGUCGCCGGCUCCGCCCUUUGGCCGUCUCAUAGAGUCUGUCACCAUCGCGGACUUGGGGAUACGAGCGAAGGCGUAUGUGUCGUCUGCUCGGAUCACAGGCUGCGAAUUAGUUGCCUCAUACAACUGGCUCGACGAAGGAAGUCCAACGAUCAUGGUUCCAGGUGCACCAGCUAGAUGGACUCCGCUUGCGGAUCCUGUCAGGCUGCGGGAAGACGACGGAGUUUAUUACCGCGAUAAGAAUGCCGCUCGAUACCCAGAUCACCCCAUGGAGCCUGCAGUCCAAGCCGUCUUGGAAAUGCACCCACGGCCUUUUGGGAAACAAGUGGAUAUUGUCGCGUGCGGUAGUACUCUCGGCAACCUCCUUCGUUUCGUUCGAGGCGACGAACGGCCGUUCCGCAUGCUGGUUUGGCGUGUCGGUAGCGUGGUACACCUGAUCCGCCGAGAAAACUCCCCCAAGGAAACCAUUCCGAACGUCAAAGGCUACGGGCAUACUUUCCCAGAGGCCUAUACAACUUGGGAUUCUGGGGUGCGCAACUCGGCAUCUCAUCAAAGAAUUCUCCGGUAUGACUUUGGCGGUCUCGGUUGCCUCGUCCGACACGAAGGUGACGGUUACCUCAAGGAGAAAGUCGGGCGAAUGCCAGAACAACCAAAACAGCCCUCCAAAGGUUCGCGAGGCUCCGUCGAUGAACUCAUCGCCAGCUUCGGUGGCAACAAGAUGAGUUCAGCGGCUCUGAACGGCUCAUCUCGGCUCAAUAUACAGCCCGGCGGCUUCGAAGUGCCCCAGACGGCAAUUUUCGACCUCAAGACGAGGUCCAUCAUGCGAAAAGGUCAGGACUUUCUCGGCGAAGAGAUUCCUCGAAUGUGGGUUGCGCAGAUCCCGAACUUCGUUCUGGCAUACCAUAACCGUGGCACAUUCAACGACAUCGAGGUCUUGGACGUGUCUGCGAAGAUGGCGCAGUGGGAGGAGGAGAAGAAUAAGGAACUUUCUCAGCUCGCCGCUCUUCUGCACCUUAUCAUCGACCUUGCGCUGUCCAGAGCAGACCAGAAGAUGGAGAUAAGUCUCCAGGUCCCGGUCCCUAAUGAGUUUCGGGCCCCGCAGCAGAACCCGUACGGCGCGCCUUCGAUAGCUAUCAGCCCGACGCCCGCCUACCUCAAGCAGCUGCGUUCCAUGACCCAUCACCGCGAUAUUUUGGCCAAGAGCGGCUUCGUCAUCGCCCAGCUCUCACAUGCCGAGUUCGACAGGAAGAGGCGUUGCCAGCGGUGUAAUGUUCGCUGCAACAACGGAGGCAACAGAGGCAAGCCGGACGCGAGGGAAGGACGGAAUGGGAAUAAGAAACCCUUCCAGAAAUCACCCGCGCCCAAGGCCCAACGUCAAGGUGUCCCCAUUCCCGGCGUCGACGGUCCCGACAAGGCCAGGGACGACAAGGACGACAAGCCGCGAUUAAAGUGCCAGUACCACACCGGCCAUGUCGUUCGCAUGCACUGGAACUGCUGUCGGAACUUCGUCUCCGCACCGGGAUGCACCUUCGCCCCAGAGCAUCUCACGAGGGUAUACUCGCCGCAGGAGCUCCAAAUCCGCUACCAAUUCCACAAGACGCCGGUUGCACAGCUCUUCGACUUCAACCCCGCCCCUCUCAUCUCCUUUUCCUCGGUAGACUCUUACACGCCCUCCGGCUCCAGAGAAACCCGCCAGGCGGUCGCCCUUGACUGCGAAAUGGGCGUCGCCUUCGACGGCGAAUCGGAACUCAUUCGCCUCACCAUGAUCGACUACUUCACCUCCGAGAUCCUCUUGGACAGCUUGAUCAGCCCGGCCGUGCCAAUGCAAAACUACAACGCCCGCUACUCGGGCAUUUCCAGACAGGACAUGGAUGAGGCCCGCAGAAAGGGUAAGUGUGUUCACGGUGGUUACGCUGCCGCGCGGGAAGCCGUCUGGCGAUGGGUCGGUCCCGACACCGUUGUUGUCGGUCACGCGGUACACAACGACCUCGCCUCCCUCCGCUGGAUUCAUCCGCUCGUGGUCGACUCUCUCGUGCUCGCAACCGCUGCCAAGGCCGAGAAGGACAAGCGGGAGGCAGAGGAGGAGGAGGCGCGCAAGGAGGCCGAAGAGGAGCAGCAGAUAAUUGAGGCGCUCCAUGCAGCUGCAAGAGCCCGGGCGACUGGCGAAGAUAUCGAGGAUCUCAUGUCUUUCGACGACGAGCAAAAGACCAAGGAACAAAAGAAAAAGGACGAAGAGGAGAAGAAGGCGAAGAAACAGAAGGGCGGCGGCCUCUCGCUGAAGAAGCUGACGAAGGAGCUCCUGGGCCGCGACAUCCAGAUGGGCAAGACGGGCCACGACAGCCUCGAAGACGCAGUGGCCGCGCGGGACCUGGUCCACUGGUAUGUCAUGCGGAAGACCGAGGAGCUGCUGGGCAAGAAUGAGAACGACACCGUCCCGGGGUUUUGGUAA